AUGCAAGGAGAGAGGAAGAGCGAAGCCAAACUCGAAGAACAGAGUUCAGAAGGUGGAAACCGAGAAGGAAGUGGCGAUGACGGCUUUGAUGUUGAGAUUUUGACGACGAACCACGACCGCAGUCGGUGCUUCCCUGCUACAGUUGACGGCCGGCUGAAGGUCUCCGUGUACGGGCGUUUCCUCCCGCGAAGCAUCUUUGGGAAGGCCGUCGCCCUCUGCUCGCUCCUCCGCAUGUUCUGGCUAGUACUGGUCAUCUUCGUCACAGGACUGUGGCUCUCGGCCAUCUGUCUGUCUCUUUCCUCUGUUGUCGAAGGGCGAUGGAGACGGAAAGUGAUUUUCAACGAUCAAGUGGCAGCGGUGAAUCCGUUGCUCUCGCUCUUCUGCGAAAAGCUCGUCUUCUACGCGCACUUCCCCGAUUUACACCUGGUUCAGCGAGACGCAGAGUCUACCCGCUUGCUGGCGUGCCUCAAGAAGUGGUACCGUGCCGUCCUGGACGCUGCUGAAGCGGCGACAACGGGUCAGUGUGGCCUUCUUCUCUUCAACUCACGCUUUACAGAGCAGACAUAUCGGCGAACAUUUCCGUUGAUGAGAUUCCCGCGCCACAAGGUGCUGUACCCGCCCGUCGACACCGACGCCGCUGAUGCGUUCCGUCGCCGCUUUUGCCGAGCUGCGUGUGUCGCCUCUCUGAAGGCACUUCCAGAAUUCAAGGACUUCGAUUUCUCGGUCCCGUUCGUCUUCUCGCUUAAUCGCUACGAGAAGAAGAAAGACCUUCAACUCGCCAUUCACGCUGUCGCGCGUGCGCAGAGCGGCUUCAACAGUCGACUGCCGGAGAAUGCGCUGGUGUUUGAAGAGCUGCUUCGCACCGCUCUCAUGCAGUCGGGUUUCGACGUCCUUUGGCCAGCGGCGCCGUCCGCGCAGAGUCCUGCCUCUAAGUUGGCAAAGGCGAAACGCACGCAAGUUGUGUUUGUGAAGAACAUCGACGAGGCGGCUCGCCAGUGCCUCAUGGCAGUCGCCCUCUGUCUCGUCUAUACGCCCUUUGAAGAGCACCCGCCAUUGCCGGUAGGUCCCGUUAGAGGCGAACGCGCUAGGCUGUCCGGUCGUUGCCUCCAAUUCGGGAGGUCCCCGCGAGAGUGUCCUUCACGGGAAAACGGUAAGUGGAUCAAAACGGGGUUUCUGUGUGAGCACGAUGCACGAAGUUUCGGAGACGCGAUCUUGAGGCUGGCCGUUAUGCAGCGAGAGGAUCCUCCAAUGUACGAGGAAAUGCGGCAAAACGGGUGUCGCCACGUUAAGGAAAACUUCAGCUACGGUCAGUGUCUCACCGGCCUCUCGUCUCCGUUUUGGUCCACAUAG